GCACGCUGGUGACCGGAAACAAGGAUCAGAUAUCAAAACACAGAGGCGGAGCCGCGCGAGCAGGCUCGUGCACGCGCGUCAUUUCUGUUUGUACACGUUUUGCUUUUAAUCAUCGAGCCCGGAGGAGUCGGUGUUUUUACCCGGAGGCAGCAGCGGAGCCGCUCCGGGACCAGCUAGCUAGCUAACCAGCCUCACCGAGUCCCACUUCCGGGACGGUCUCCUGCAGUCGCCGGGGGACAACUGUCCACAGACAGUGGAGGUGCUGCAGGACAUGGAGCUGAGGGUGGAGGAGGCGCAGCAGGUGGAGGAGCAGGUGGAGGUCCUCCUGAGGGGUCAGGGGUCACAGGUCACGGGCUGCGACGUCGGGCUGGAUCAGAGCAAACCCGCGACCCUGAGGAAGAACGUGACGUACAUCGUCUGCGCCGUCAUCUUCAACGACAAGGAGGAGGUUCUGAUGGUGCAGGAGGCCCGGCAGGACUGCUACCGGCAGUGGUACCUCCCGGCGGGGCGGGUGGAGGUCGGGGAGACCCUGGAGGAGGCGCUGAGGAGGGAGGUGAAGGAGGAGGCGGGGUUUGACUGCCAGCCAAUCACGUUGCUGCUGAUCCAGGAACAGGGACCUCAGUGGAUCCGCUUCAUCUUCCUGGCAAGGGUCACAGGCGGAGCGCUGAAGACGCCGGCGGCGGCGGACCAGGAGUCUCUGCAGGCCUGCUGGUGGGACCGGCGCUCGGCGCUGCCGCUGCGAGGACGAGACAUCCUGAGACUCAUCGACUGCGGACUCAGGUACCAGGGGAACCCCUGGCACCCCGUCACCAGGCCACUGGACUUGUCCUGCAGACACGUGGUCCAGAGACUGGUUCUGGUCUUUAUCGGCCCCGAGGAGCAGGUCUGGAUCCUGCUGGUCCGAGCCCCGGCGCCCCACCUGCCCACCGCCGCCGCCCUGAGGACGCACGCCGUGACGUGGGCGGCCAACAUGGUGGUCCAGGACGCCGUGCGGGACUCGUACUACGACUACGACGUGAACACGCUGGGCGUCCUCAGCCUGCAGCACGGCGGCCGGGAGCACGGCCGCACCGACGGCGUCUGCUUCAACACGCUGGUCGUCCUGGCGCCCGACCACGUGAGGCGGGACGAGGACGGACAGAAAGUGGUGUGUCCGGUGCCGGCGCAGCCGCCGCCGGUCCAGAAUCCACGAUACACCUGGUACAAAGUCCAGAAGCUAACACUGCAAGACCGACUGCUGGAGAUCAGCAAGAAUACAUCCCUGGUACCCAUCCACAGUCUGUACUGACUGCUAGCAUCACGUUAGCACCGGGUUAGCAUGCCCACAGUCUGUACUGACUGCUAGCAUCAGGUUAGCAUCGGGUUAGCAUGCCCACAGUCUGUACUGACCUGUAGCACCGGGUUAGCAUGUCCACAGUCUGUGCUAACCCGGCUAAUAUCGAGUUAGCAUCGGGUUAGCAUGUCCGAAGUCUGUACUGACCUGCUAGCAUCAGGUUAGCAUCGGGUUAGCUUCAGGUUAGCAUGUCCACAGUCUGUACCAGUCUGUUAGGUAUUGUUAGCAUGGGGCGGAGCCAAACAUUUCUAUUGGCUGUAGAUUGAGGCCACGCCCCCCACAGACACUGCAGCUGACAUGCCAGUGCGGCGGCCAUCUUGGAGAGGUCUCCCUGGCUCCCACAGCACAUCAGGUCUACAGAUGAAUGACAUGUUUUCAGCAUAAAACUGAUCAAGAUCAAUUGGUUUUUAAGUUUAUUGAAAGUUGGACGAAACAGGAAGCUGUUCAGGCUGCUGCAGGUUUUUGUUGAGAGAGUGGUUUUAGGUAUUAUAUUGUAUUAUUGAUGUUAGUAUCAUAUGAUGAUGACCAUCAUGUUUUUUUAUUGACAUCUGUUGUCACUGCUGUUAAUGUUGCUGUUGUCCUUAUAUCCGUCUUUAUGAUCAGAGUUGAUUUUAGACGCGAUGAAUAGCAAACACAGAGAGCCUCCGAGUCAGCGUCUCUCAAUAAAUCUGUUUCUGUGUC